GUUUGGAAAAAAAUAAAAUAAAAUAAAUUCCAGAUUGUUCGCUAUAAAGCCAGCUCUUCGAAAGCUAUUAUUCAAGGGUAUUUUGUAGCUCUAGAACAUGUCUACGAAAGAGGUUGCAGCUGCUCUAUGUAAAAGACUGUUAGGCAAGGUUGCAAUAAUCACAGGCGGAUCGGGGGGCAUUGGAGAGGCCACUGUUCGGUUAUUCGCAAAUCAUGGAGCCAAAGUCAUUAUUGCAGACAUUGCAGACGAAGCUGGUAUCAAAUUGGCGGAAUUCCUUUCGCCCUGGGCGACAUAUAUUCACUGUGACGUGAGUAAGGAGCAAGAUGUAAGCUCAACCGUGGAUUUGGCCAUGGAAAUGCAUGGGAAAUUGGACAUUAUGUAUAAUAACGCAGGAAAUAUCGACAGCCCAAAAACGAGCGUGGGAGAGUAUGAUAUGCAGGAUUUCGAGCGAGUGAUGAAUAUCAAUGCAAAAGGUGUGAUGCACGGCAUUAAGCAUGCAGCCCGCGUUAUGAUCCCCAAUAGAAAGGGCUGCAUUAUCUCAACGGCUAGUGUUGCAGGAAUAGUAGGAGGAAUAGGUACUUAUUCCUACACUGCCUCCAAACAUGCCGUCGUUGGGCUGACAAAGAACGGUGCAGCAGAGCUGGGCAAAAGUGGUAUACGAGUGAAUUGUAUUUCUCCAGCUGCAAUUGCUACAGAUCUGGCACUGAAUUAUAUGGCAAUGACCCCUUCACCAGAGGCAAAGGCCAAGGUAGAGGCCGUGUUGCAGGGCGCAGGCCCCUUAAGGGAAGCCACACUUAAAGUAGAGGAUAUUGCACAGGCUGCUCUGUAUCUGGCCAGUGAGGAUUCCAAAUAUGUAAGCGGUCACAAUCUAGCUGUGGAUGGGGGAUUAACGGUCGUAAUAGAUGAAACUGCUGUGUUUGGAAAAUAUUCAUAUGGAUUCUCACAGUAGAAAUCCAUAAAUCACUUUGACAUAAUAUCUGAGGGGAGCGAUAGGCUAUAAUAUAAGUUUCUAUUGUUAAUAUCAUUAAAU